ACGCUUUGUCCUCGUUAUUCCAAGUGAGCGCUGAGGGAGAGAGGAGAGCGAGCUAGGUGUCUCGUGCGGAUCUUCACUGGCACAAGGAGCGCGAGGGGGGAAACUUUGCAGUUUAAACCGUGCUUUUUAUUUGUAUAUAUUUUGUCAGUUUUACACAGAGAGAGAGCGAGAGAGAGAGAAAAAAGAAGUGCCUGGAGAGAGGGGGGGAGGAAUAACCAAAACGCAACACGUAUCCGGUGGGAUCCCACUCCUGAGAGAGACAAGCGGCAGGAGUUGGAGCGAAGGGUGCAAAGAAAGCGAGAGGGAAGAAGAAGAAGAAGAAGAAGAGGGGAAAGAUUUGACAUUUCGCUCCCAAACAACGCGGUUUCAAUUCAUAAAGAGGAAUAAUGAGGAACGUUUGGAUAAUUUUGACCCUCGGGCUGACCGUCCUCCUCUCCGUGGAAAGGAUAGCAGACGCAGCCAAGACUUCCUCUCAGGCGGAUGACUUGUACCUGGAUGACACAGGCUCAGGAGGAUACUACCCUGAAGAUGAUGAUGACUUUAACUCAGGGUCUGGCUCAGGUGGAGGUGAAGAGGUGAUGGAGGAAACAGUGACUGUCAGUAUGGUUUAUAUAGAGCCCAAUGCAGCAGAACCCACCCAGGACUCCACCAAAGAUUUCACCCCCAGGGUGGAGACAGCCACGGUCAGAGAAAAGGCCAGAGACAGCACACCCAGGAAACCAUUCAGAACAGAGGCACCAGUGCCAGUUACAGAGGACAUGCAGAGGAACCAGAUGACAAGUACGACUAGUGCUCCCGGAUCACCCCAGGAGGCCAUUGAAGUCCGCACUGAAAACCUCUUCCAGAGGACAGAGGUGCUGGCAGCUGUUAUUGCAGGCGGUGUGAUCGGCUUCCUGUUCGCCAUCUUCCUCAUCCUCCUCCUGGUCUACCGCAUGAGGAAGAAGGACGAGGGCAGCUAUGAUCUGGGAGAGAGGAAACCCUCCGGCGCAGCCUAUCAGAAGGCCCCAACCAAGGAGUUUUAUGCAUAAAACCCUCCCGUCAUCAGAUCAGCGGAAUCGCGAGCGACUGUCAGAAACACAGUCCGAGACGACAGCAAACCCGUUCAAACCCAACAAGAAACAACAAAACGUUUUCAAGCUGAUUAAGGAAAAAUAGCAUAAAGGAAAGCUUUUGCAUAGAGUAUUGUAAUUAAGACCUUUUACUUUCUUCUUUUUUUAAAAAAUGAAAACCAAGCAUUUCUCAUUUUAUGGCAAAUCUCAGUGUAUUUAAACAUUUUGUGUAUUAUUUGAAAAGGCUGAAAAAAAGAAUAAAAAAACAGGAUCUGUAAAGGCGAGGAAACUAAUCGCAUCUGUCUUCUGUCGAAAGGAGCUGUUUCUAGUCGCUGACUACUUUUAACUGUAGCAGUAUGUUAUUUGUAAAGGAAAAAAAUUUAAAAGUGGAAAUAAUUGAAUAUAAUUAUUCUGUAUCAAUCCUACUUUCAUUUUUUUCUUUUUAUUUUGUCCUAGCAUGUCUGUUGUUGAUCUCUAAAGGUGUAUUACAUUAAUUUAUCUUUUCUCUGAUGUUAAAAAAAAAUGCCUUUGUAGUUUUGAUGAAGCUCUUUGGUCUUCAUAUUAACGCUGUUAACGGUCAAUGUAAAUGUUCUCCCUUCAGGUUACAAUGUUUAUUAUUUGCUCUCACAUCAGUUUUUUAGUCAACCGUGAGCGUUUCAUCAUGUCUUGUUUAUUUGUUUGUUCUCUUCUCGGUGUAGCCUUGUCUUCUUUUUUUUCGACAGCGUUUUAUUUACAUACCAGGAACAGGUCUUUAAAAGAUAAAAAUAAGUGUGUCAGGGCUCGAAGAAAAAUCACAAAUCUCACUUCUGUUGUUUUUGUCUCGCUGAACUUUUUUUCUAUUUGAAGGCAUUCUCUUUCACAUUGCACAUUCACUGCUUUUGCUUCCCACUGCUGUCGUGCAGCUUUGAGUGUACGUGGGGUGAAGUUUCUUCUCUGUGGCUUGUGGUGUUUUUGGCCCGUAGCCACCGCCUCGCUCCCCGAUGUGUCCCCUGAGUUUAGUGACUGCACCCAAACUCUGCUAGCACCCUUUCACCCUAAUAUCUCCUCCCCCCUUGCUAUGUUUACCCUAACCUCCCUCACUCAACCACCUUCUUUUUAAUCAGAUUGGAGCACGGCCAGUUGAGUUGUCAACCCCCACCUCCCUAGACUCACUCUUUUUCAGCUGCACGGAGCCACCCGUGUAGCGUGCUGUUAUUGUCCCCGUCCCAGUGUUGACGCUUUAGGCCCAAAGAUCUGCUCACUGAAGGCCUGCUACUGCUUGGACACAAACACACCCACAUGCAGUGUGCAUACCUCCGCAGCAAACAACACCCAAACCCUCCCUCUAGAAAACCAAGUUUCUCUCAGAGGGAUUGAUAAAUAAGGCUGCACAGAAAAUGUAGUGUUGUGUUCUGAAUAGUCUUUGACAAGACACUCAUGUUGAGGGCUACUCAUGUUUUUAUAGUGGUCAGCACAGGCAUUACAAAAAGCUGCUGCUGAGAGAUGAGGUUGUUUACCAGGUUGAAAACCUGCGUUUUACGAAAUAUAAGGCUGCAACAUAGCCACGUAGCUACAUCAAAUGAAGGUUACGCUCACAUGACAACAAGUUACUGUCUUUUUUUCAUUUUUAUGUUACGUCUACAUGAACUUGCUCUGAAGAGACGCGCGUGUUUUGUCCGGCAGGUUUGUGAAGUUGCCUUUUUCAGCUGUACAGUAACGUGAAGUAGACACAGUAGAUGCCGUCACACCCACAUUAAGCUGUUCAUCCCUCUGCAUCGCCAUCCCUCAUAUUCUUCCAAUCUGUCUGUGACCCCUUUGUUGUCCAUCCUCUUCUCCCCCUCUUUGUUGUCCGCUCAUGUCAUAGCACGGCAAGGUACUGAACUAUACUGAAAAACCCAAAGACUCACAGUAUUUCUACUCCCGCCCUCCUCUCAGACCUCCUCCACCACGGCCACAUCAUGUUGUUUCCUCUUUUUCUUCACUCUUUUAGUUUUCUUUCUCUUUCUCUCUUAUUAGAGACCUGACCUUUGAGUCCAAUUGCUUAUUAGUAUAUGAAAAGAUAUAUAAAUAUAUAUAAAUGUAUAUUCACAAAUGUUUUAAACCUUCAAAGUGCCUACCAUUUGGAAAUGUACUUGCUCAAGGUGAGCAUGUGGCGGGUGUGUACACAAAGGAGGGGUGUAAACGAGUUGACUGGCAUUCUGUGAGCAUGGAUGACUGUAAUGGUAACUUUUUUUUAGUCUUACAAAAGCUGACAGUAUUGUACCUAUAAGUUGAAACAACACUACUGAAUAAACAUUGUGGCCUAAUAUUCAA